AUGCUCGUAGAUUUCACCCCGGAAUUUGAACCCUCCACCUAUGUAACACACUUGCUUGGUCACGAGGGUCGUGGAAGUCUGCUAAGCUUGUUGAAACGAUUGGGAUGGGUAAAUCGUUUGUCUUGUGGUACGAGUCGUCCAGGCAAGGGGUUCGCCUCACUAAUCCUAUCUUUUGACUUGACGGACAAUGGGCUAGGUCACGUGACGGAUAUAGUUAUCAAAGUGUAUCAAUACAUUAACUUGAUGCGAUCGGAGGAACCAGCUGAUUGGAUAUUCCGGGAAAAUCAAGCUUUGAAUAGUCUACACUUUAGGUUCAAAGAUAAAGAGCCACCCUACGAUUAUGUUUUGGAUCUUGGCUCAAACCUUCUGCGCUACAGAUUGGAAGAUGUACUCACGGGCCCGUAUAUUUUGGAAUUUUUCGAAUCGGAUCUAGUGAAGGAUAUUCUCAGCUGUCUGCAUCCUGAAAAUAGUCGGUAA